UUGGUUCCUCAAUCAUCUUUUUUUGCAGCUGAGCCGAAAUGCCCUCAGGGCAGAGCCUAUGUGGACUAUUCCGGAAAGUUCCUACAAUGUGGUGAAGGGAUCGGUGGAAACGCUUGUCCAGCGAACUACGAAUGCAUUUUUGACGGUCUUAUUCAUGGAUGCUGUCCGAGUAAAGCCUACACCUGUUCACUUCAAGUAAGCAAAGGUGUCACUUGUGGAUCUGGCUCUAGCUAUCGUUUCUACUACAAUAAUCAACUGAAGGAGUGCCAAUCGUUUUUGUUCCUUGGUUGUGAUGGUAAUUCCAACAAUUUCCCAUCAGCAGAGAAAUGCCAAAAUUAUUGCGAAAUAGCAGUAUGUCCAAACGGAGGUUCUCCUCUGAGAAUGAACCAAAAGCUGCGUACCUGUUCAACGUCUGAUCCGUGCCCGUCUGGCUACGAAUGCAGUCAAGUGGAUUCGAAUGGUGUAACUCAACGAAGAUGCUGUCCGACUAAAAAUCAUACAACGACCCCACACUCCCCUCUACGACAAUUCCACCAACUUGCUGGAGCCACCAUGAGUACGACGCUUGUCGCAAUUGUGUUCUGGCUAGGCAACUAA